AUAGUAACCUCUUUUGGCACCCAAAAUGGCGACAUCCAAAGGUGCAAAUACGUACAACAGACAAAAUUGGGAAGAUGCCGUACGUAUGAGAUACUUCUAUUAGCAAUGUUCACGUUUGUUAUCUCUGUUAAAUUUGUAUUUAUAAUAAAUGAAAAAAUAUUUAUUUAAAAAAAACAUAUCAUUUUAUAUUAUUAAGUUCUAAAAGUUACCUGUUUCCGAUAAUCCAUAACCCAUUCUGAGCUAUUCAUCAUAAUUUACCUAUAAAUUCAUAAAUCGUUUUGACCCGUUAUGAUAUUAUUUUAUUAAUAUGCAUAAUAAUAUCAAAUUACCAAGGAAAUUUUAUAUGCAUUUGGAUUAAUUAGUUGUCUCUUAAGACGCAGGAAAACAAUGGACACAGAAUAUUAUUACAAAUAUUAAUUAUAUGGCUUAGUUAGUUUAGUUAGGCUUAAAAUUAAAAUAUGCAAAUUUUUAAUGUUAUUUCCUUCAAACAUCAUUGGCCUUGUCAUUGGUCAUUGGAUGAUUGAAAUUGGAUUGGUUAUUUCUUACUUUUUCGACUUUACUGAACUCAUUUAACUGAACUUGAUUAAUACUACUAAACUAAGAGUAAGAGUAGGCAUACCGAUACUCCCUUGCGCAUUCAUUCUGCGCAUGAGGAAAAAAAACGCAAAAAUUGAAGUGGCCAUCUUACUAUCGCUUCUACGGUGACCUCGGAUUUAUGCGUUUUACGUCACAGUUUCCUAUUUGUACAUUUGUUUUGUCAUCGAUGACGUUUUAUAUUUGUCUUCCGGUGACGCACAUGUCGUUAGAGCAACUGGAUUGAGCUCUGUUCUUUUCUUGUGUAACUUUGAACAUACGGUAAGCUAUAAAAUGUAUUAAAUACUCCGUUUUAGCAAUAAUGUCACAUUAAAACCUUUAAAAAGCAGUUAAGCAUUCAAAUGGGGUGGGGAAUAACUUUGAAAUAGCCAAUUUAUGCUUUUCCAGUAGAAUGAAGUUUCCUUCCAAUUGUCAUGACCCCACCAGCACCGGAAAAAAAAAAAAUGGUGGAUUUUUUUUUUUGCACCGGUAUGAUGAAAGGGACUCUAAAUUACUUUCAAUAAGAUAGUUUUAUUACAUCAGUAAUCUUUGAACAUCGAAAUAAAUCUAAUAAAAUUAGUAAAAUGUAUUAUAAAAUAUUACAGAAACUGAUUUGAUGAUUAAAAUUAUAACAAUUCCAUUGAUUGUUUAAGUUGAAGCUUUUUUUUUUUAAUAAAGGCCGAGAAUCGUCGUAUAUAAUUAUAUAAUUAUUAUAAUAAUAUAGUAUUAGUAUAUAAUAAUAUUAAUAAAUUAAUAUGCAAAAUACAAUAAAAAUAGUAAUAGAAAUAAGUUUAACUAAGUAAUAAAUGAACAUGAUAUUAGGCAUUAGGCUUAGUAAGUUAGCUUAAGACCAGACAAGUCAACUGCUAUGAAUAAAUAAAAUAUGAUAGAUAGAUAAUGUAAAAUGUAAAUUACUUACAAUGUCACCAAUGUUAUUUGAAGAAUAAUUUUUUAUAGUAUGAUAUAGUAAAAAUAUAAUAAUGUAACAUUUUGGAAAUAUUAAUUAAUAAUAAUUAUUAUGAUUUAUAUUAUAAAUUAUGCAAAAUUAAAAGUAAAAUUAUUUCCAUAAUUUCUUUUGAUUUUUUUCCCCAGUCCCCAGCGAUAUCGAGAAUGUCUGAGUCAGUAACUGUUACCCUUCAGGAUUUUGAUCGUUUGGUGGCAAGCUUUGCCCAAGAUGCAGCCACUGGCAUAUAUAGGAAUGGCUAUGCAUUCUAUUUGUAUACCAGCUGUGCCAACAAGAAAGAGGGCAUGAUUGCUGCAGUGUCUGCACUUGAUGAGGUCUUUAUUAAGAAAGAUCUCAACUAUGUGUCAAAUAAGAAUGGAAUACGUGCAAAGUGUCAAAAAUUGUUUACCAAUAUCUUAUCUUUAAAAAAGCAUUUCACUCUAACAUGGAUGAGAAUCCAGGAUCUUUUGUUUCAGCCUUUUAGUGCGCCAGUUUCCAAGGAAAAAAAGAUUGUGCCAUCCAGCUCUUCUGGUGCUGCAACUCCAUUAACAGAUGAAAUGUUUCUUCCACAGGUAGCUCAGCAAGAAUUAAAGGCUCCACCAAAACUUAAGAAGUUGCGCACUGAUUGUAAUCAAUGCCACUCCAUAAGGCAAAGGUGUAUAGCCAGGUGUCAGUUUUUUGAAAAUAAGGUGAAGGUUGUUAAAUGUAAAUUAAAUGCUAAGUCACUUCACAGGUCCCCUGAGACGAAAGUUUUGACUCAGACCAUAAAGAGGAAGACGCAGAGGGUUGAGACACUAAAGCGGGAGAAGACAGCACUGAAGACCAAGGUGCUGCACUUGGAACGACAACUGGGAGCGUCAACAACCAAGAUGGAGAAGUGCAGUCUUCUGAGCAGAAGGAACCGCAUCCUGCAGAAGAAGGUCACCAAACUACAGGAGGAGGUGUUUCAGCUGAAGGCUACAGUAAAGGCAACGACGGAGGACAGGAUAGAGGCACUCUUGAAGGUGGAUGAACUGAUGGAGGCGUCUGAGAAGGUUAAAGUAAUCACUACCACAUCUGCAAAAUCCACAGGCACCCAUGGUAAAGCUCGUAGGCAAAGAUAUACCUAUAAUACCCCCAUGAGGAAAUGUAUAUAUAAUUGCAUUUUGAACCAGGUGCCUGUGGAUAAAGCUGGAAUAGUGAUUGACUUUAUUGUCCGAGAGCUGGCUGGACAGACCUUGUCAGACGUCCCCUGUGCAUCCACAGCUGCAUCCAUGACCUAUGAGCUGGGAAUCCUCUCUGACCUUCAAGUCGGUGAAGCAUUGUUUCAGGCUAAUAAUGUUACAUUAUCCUGAGACUCUACACCACUUGACGGUCAGCAUAUUAACGCUUGUAACAUUUCAGCUGAUGGGCAGAACCUGACUCUCCAGACAGCAGGAAUAGCAGGUGGUAAGACAGAGGAUUACCUAGAGCAAGUCAUGAAUGCGCUUCAGGAUGUUGCCUCCGUCUAUUCGACUUUCCAUAAAAUUCAACAGCAAAUGGUGCUGUAUACUUUUAAUCUCUCUCUCCAGGCAACGCUAAGCGAUCGAGCUCGGGUGAAUAAGUGUGUGUCUCAGCAACUGGAAGAGACCCUAGGCAAGAAGCUAGUGCAGCUGAAGUGCCACUUACACCCUCUGGACGGCAUGGCCACCCAGGCCAGGAAGGAGCUCAGAGCUUUAGACGUUGAGUGGGAGAUUAAGGGUAAUGUUUUUGGAAGUGAAGGCUGCGCAGCUAAUUUGGUUUAUGCUGUGUCUAAAUUGAGGUAAAUAUAAAAAAUUAUUAUUUUGUAUAUUCUAUUCAAAAUUUGGUUUUUAAGUGUUAUGUUUUUUAAUUGAUUAUAAAUUUGAAAUACUAAAAUAUUUUCUUUACAUUUACAGAUACAAAAUGAAAUCAGGAGACCCAUCAGGGUUUAAGGCCUUCCUUGAGAGAUCUAAGCUAAACCCAGGAGUCAUAGUACGCUAUGUGGGGAACAGACUCCAUGUUCUGUUCCACCUAGCAGGGAUCAUUGUCCACCUGAAGGAUAUGCUAUCCCAGUACUUGACUAAGUACUCAACUGCUAUGGGGUUGCGAUCGGUCAUUAUGAAGGAUCUCGACAACCCCAACAUUUUUUUGCAGUUGAGAGCUUUAGGUAAAUAUAUAUGUAUUUUAAAAUAUUGUAGUGGUGAAAUGUUAAACAAUAUCUCAUGUAGUUUAUCAAUAUUAUACAUGUGUGUAUUGUUUCCUAAAUUUUAUUAUAUUUUAUAUGUUAGGUCUCUUCGGGAAGGUCUUGACUGGCCCCUGGAUGACCACAUUCUAUAAGAAUCCUGGUGGAUUAAAGCAUUUGGAAAUGGUAUGUGUUCAUUGUAAUUGUCUAUAGCGAUUAACCACCAUUAUAAUUUUUAAAAAUAUUAUGUGCCCAUUAAAAAAGUCCAUUAUUUUCUUUUUAUCACAGACUCCACUCAUCAAAACAUGCAUGGUCACGUUGAAGGAGAUUGCAGACAACCCAGCCUUGGUCCUCACCAUCGACCAUGAUGUGUUCAACCACCAGCUGGAGGUGGAUGAUGUCCUGCUGAAGCUGAGGAGCAACUCCGAGGAAACAUCAGAACGGUUUUUUUUUACAAUCUCCUUACUAGCAAAAUGUUUUUUAAAUGUUUUAAGUAGGCAGCUGGGGGAUUAUACUGAUGGUGAGCUGGCGGACCCCCAACCAGACCUGAUGGCAAAGACUUCAUCUGCUCCAGUUCACAACAUCUUCUGUGAGCGUGUGUUGGGCAUGGUGGAUGCCCAGGUUAAGAGGGCACCCAACGCAUCCAUGGCUUUUGUUGAUGCCAAGGUGAAGUCUCUUGCCAAUAAGACAAUGGAAUGGUUGGUAGGGAAACCCAGUUCGGAACAGGUUAGGAUGAUUUCUUUUGCAAUUAACUUUGCACGUAGGCAGGUUAAAGUUCUUAAGAGUAGGGAUAAGUUAAUGAGACAGGUGGUUAUUUUUAGACAGACAGAAUUAGCGCAGAAAAGGGAUAAGACAGAUAGAAAUAAAUUAGAAAGAAACGUUAGAAACUGUCUGGAAACUGGAUUGGGGUUGGAUGAUGAUGUUUUCUCUAGUCUUCUCCCAGGUACUAAAGAAAAUUUUAAUGAAAUGUUUCAGAACCCUGUAGACUGCCUGCCCUUACCUAUCAGGCAUGUUUGGCAUGUAGAUGGAGAAGACAAGGUCUUUGAGGGGGAAGUAGUUGCAGUGGUAACUAAAAACAAAAAGAAGUGUUGUCGUGUAGUUUAUAGUUUAGAUGAUAUUCAGAUUAUUCCUGUUACUUUUUUAAUUGCAGAUGCCAUAAUGGGAGAUUUUCAUUUCAGUUAGAUAAUUUCAAAAUUUGUUGCUGUUUGCUUUUGUCUAUGGGUACAUUAAAAAACAUUUUGCUAAUUUUUCCUUUUCAGCAUGCAUUGUUCACAUUUAAUUUUAAAGUUACUGUUAAUACUGUUAAUAAUUUUUAGAUUUUGUUAAGUUUAGAAUUGAUUACUUUUUUUAAUACUUUUCCCAUUUGUAUUCAGGUUAUUUUGUUCACUUUUUCAUGCUUUUUAUAGAUUUCAUUGUGUAAAUACUUAAAAACAAUAUGAACCUUUGUUUUUGUUGUUGUUUAAUUUUGAAGGGAUAUUUUUUUUAAUACCUCCUUUAUUCCAUAUUUCUGUUUCAGGCUCAUAUAACUUUUUAUUCUAGUGUUUUUAAUGCUGUUUGAAUUAAUUUAGAAAAUUAUAAUUUGUAGACAUGUAUAUAAUGUAUAUGUAUUUUUUUAUCUUUUGUCUUGAUAACUUUUUUAAUACUUUUCAAACUUUUCUUUUUCAGACUGUUAACUUCUCUUUUAAUCUUUUUAUUAGUUACGGUACUGUUUGUAUUUAUUUAGAAAGUUAUUUUGUGUAAAUAUUUUAAUGUAAGAACCAUUUUGAAUUUUACUUUUUUAAAAUACUUUUCACAUGUUUAUUUUCAGGCUGUUAUCUUUUCUUUUAAUGGUUGUAUUAUUACUGUUUGCAUUUCUUUAUAAAAUUAUUUUGAGUAAAUAUAUUUAUGUAAGAAUUUUCAUUUCUUUUCAAUACUUUUCAAUUUUUUAUUUUCAGGCUGUUGUCUUAACCUUAAUCUAGUAUUAAUUACUGUUUGCAUCAAUUAAGAAAAUUAUUUUGUGUAAACACUUAAAUAUGUAUGUACUAUUGAUUUGCUUCUCACUUUAAUUUUUUUUUUGAACUAUUCCAUUUGUCUUUUUCAGGACGUUUAUUUUCUUUAAAAAAAAGGUAACUAUUAAAUUUCAUAUUACAGUACAAGUAUUAAUUAUAAUUAAGACAUUGAUUAAAUAUUUGUUGGGUAUCAUUACUUUAUAAUUAUAUGUAUGAACGUCUGACUUUUUAUUUUGGAAUACAUUUUAAAAAAUUAAUCCCCCCCCCCCCCUCCUUUUUAUUUUAUUUUCAGAAUAUUUCAAAUUCUUCAUUUCAUCAUUUCAUACAGAUAAGUGUUCAUAUUAUUAGUAUUAGUUAAACAUUUAUUGUCUGUAAUUUAUUUACAAACUGACUUUGCAACAUUUUUUUUUGUUACAGUGUAACUGUUUUGACUCAGUAUUUGAAUACUUUAUUAAUAUUUCUAUUUUUAUAUUUAGGUCGUUAUAUUUGAAUAAUUUAUUAAUAACAGUUCUAUACUUCUUUUCAGGACGUAUUAAGUAGAAGCACUGUUUUAUCUCAUGCAAUUAGUUUAUAUUAAUAUUAUGGUUUUAUUUUAUAAAAAUAAAAUUAAAUUUUUCAUUAUUUUUCUUUUCAGGUAUUUUUAAAUCCCUUACAGAACAUAAAAUGCCUAUAAUCAAAUUAUAAUUUUUAUGUGAUAUUCUUAUUACUUGAAAAUGGAAUAAACAUGCAAUUUUUUUUGUUUUUCAUGUAAAGAAAUAAUAAUUUUUCCAAAAAAAAAAGGGUUUCUUUUACCAAUUUUUUUUCACUUUCUCUGCAAAAAUAUUUUUUCAAAAUAAAUGUAUCUUCUAUAAUGUGCAACUUUUGUUUUCAUUGUGUUUUACAUUGCAUUGAGAGUGUGUGCUGAAAAUUUGGUACCCUUAUCUUUAAAAAUAAAAAAGUUAUGGGUCAAAAAGUGGAAAAAAUUGAAAAGUGGGUCACAAGUUUUUUGGGUCAAAUAUAUAGCAUAAAAAAUUUGACAAAAAAAUCAUAACUCCAGUUCUAUAAAAGAUAGAAAGAUAAAGUUGGUGUUGUUAUAAAGCUUAUGGCUAGCCCUUUAAAAUGAUGUAUCAUUCAUGGCAAUCGGACAAUAUUUAAAUUUUGUGUCAAAGUACCUAGUAAGAGUUACUUAAGACUAACUUUGACUAAGAGUCAUUCUCAUACUCAUGUGUGAGUUUGAGGGUCACAUUAACUACUUACUUUUACUUAGCUACGGCCUAACAGUAACAUUCGUAUUCUUUGUGUUCUGUCAUUGAGUUUUUGGGCAAUCGCUAAAUAAUUUCACGUAUCUGGUGGGUUGGGGUUCAAAAAUUUGUGAUGAAUCAUAGUGGGGUGUCUAAAUUUUAAGGCACAUUUUUGAAAAUGGGGUAAGUGGGUCAGAGGUUAAAAAUCUGCUUAAAUAUUUUAACCUCAUUAUGGAUGACCCCUUAGCCUUAGGCGGAAGAUAUAGGACUAUGAUUUGAUUCAAGACUUUUUAAAAGCCUCUGUCUAUAAAUUGUAGUAACAGUAAGUCUAUCAUAUAUUCAUACAUUUAGCUUACACAUUUCUGUUGACAAACUUUGAAAUGGGAUUCUAUAUUUUUUGUUACCGUUAAUCUUUUACAAAGAUUUAAGAAAUAUUUCAUUCAUUAAUUUGUACAAUUAUUAAAGGCCCUUAUCAUGUAGUUUUUGAUAUUGGUUGACUUAGAAUUAAUUAGAGGCUAAAAUCAAAUUAAACUUAAAAAACAUAUACAGACAUGAGACAAUUGUCACUACUUUCCUGAAUCAAAAUAAUAGAGAUAAUCACAAAGUAAAUAGUAAAGCAACUUACAAUAAGUUACACAUAAUAGUGAGAAUGGAGACUAAUUUGAUGCCAUUAUUAUUUAAAGCAAGAAAAUGCAUGGUAUUGUUAAAAACACAUUAUUAAUAAAUAUUAAAAAGUUAAUUGAAGAAGAUGAACAUACUUUUUUUUAAAAACCCUUUUCAGGAGUUUCCAAUAUUGUGUCAGACUUGUCUGGGAGACAAUCCUUACAUUCGCAUGGUAAGCUUUAUAGAGAAGAUAAAUGCCUAUUUUGAGGUAGCACUAUAUUUUAUUCACUGAUACUAAAGCUAUAUGCGAAAAAAAAAAUUACUAUGAAAAGUACCCCAAAAAAAAAAACUAAUCUAUACUCUACUAAACCAUAAUUUUAAUCAAUAUUGUAGCUUAUAAAUUAUUUGUUUCAUGGUUGACAUUGUCAUAAAUAUUGAAUCAUGAAAAGUGAGGAUGCAGAAUCAUUAGUUGUAGAAGUUUUAUUUCUAAGCCGAGUUUGGUUUUAUCAUCACAUCUGAGACUUUCAUAACAAACGCCAAAAAAGCAUUUUUACUCUACAGAUGAAAGAAAAAUAUGGCAAGGAAUGUAAGAUUUGUGCUCGUCCAUUUACUGUAUUCAAAUGGUGCCCAGGAGCAAGGAUGCGUUUCAAGAAGACUGAAGUCUGUCAAACUUGCAGUAAAAUGAAAAAUGUCUGUCAGACAUGUCUUCUUGAUUUAGAGUAUGGUGAGUGUGAAACUGCUAAUAACAGUAACUUUUAAUUAAGUCAUUGCACAAAAUAGAAACAAACAAAUGCUUCAAACUGUUCCCAGUUUGUCCUAUAAUAAUAAAAGCAUUUCAACGCUGCUCUAACAAUUCAUAUUCAUUUUUAAAUGAUGCCAAAAACAAUUAAAUUGGCUUUUCGUUUAAAAUUAAGUUUAUAUCAGUUUUGUUUUUUAAAAAAAAAAUAUUUUUUGUUUUUACCCAGGUCUCCCCGUACAGGUCAGAGAUGCUGCUCUCAAAUUGCAAGAAAACAUGCCAAAGUCUGAUGUGAAUAAGGAAUAUUACACACAAAACAUAGAAAGAGAGGUAUUUAGUUGGUUUUAUGAAUUCUACUAUUAAAUGAUAUUUUUACUAUUGUACGUUUACUUUAUCCCUGAUUUCUUUGCUCACUAGGUAUUAUUAUUAUGCCUUUAAUCAGGCCAGUUAAUUCUAGACUGUGAUAUUUUGUUACAAAUUAGCAAUCAAAAAUAAAGAAGCUCCCUUUUCUCUUACAAAAACAUACUAUUUAUAUGGCAAGCAUGAAAAGUAUAUGUUAAUAAAUGGUAUUGUUAAAUUUCACUUGUUAAUUCAAAACUGUUUUGAAUUAACAAGUGAAAUUUAACAAUAACAUUUAUCAUUUUUAUUUUUUUCAAUUUUUUAAAAUUAAAAUGUUUUUCUAUAGAUUGCCAAUAGUGAUGGUAUUUCUCCUGUUGGUGCCCUGGCCGGAAAAGCUCAAACACCUAGUGAUAUGUUACUAAAGCUUGCAAGAACAACACCAUAUUACACAAGAAAUCGGCCACAUAUCUGUUCAUUCUGGGUAAAAGGAGAGUGCCGUAGAGGACAAGAGUGUCCUUACAGGUAAAGAAAAUUAUAAAAAUGGACUAAAUAUGUUUGUAAAGAAGUUUAUUAUUUGGGGUCUUUUUUGUUAACUUGGCUUCAGAGCACUGACUUCACAAUUUUAUUCAAGGUUUUGCUGAAAUAUGUUUUAUUAGGGUAUUGUCUAAAUCAACGUCACUUUUAAGAUUUUUAGUCUGAAUCAAGUCAAAAAAUUUGAAACAAAACUCAGCCAAGCAGUGAUCCUUACUUGUGCCGAAACAAUAAGUGAAAUAAUUCAUCAAAGUACUACUUUUUUUUUGUCUUCUAAAGACACGAAAAACCUACAGACCCUGAUGACCCAUUGGCAGAUCAAAACAUUAAGGACAGAUUUUAUGGUAUGAAUGAUCCUGUCGCCAGUAAGCUGCUGAAUCGCUACAAUAGUUUACCCAAGUUGGAACCACCAGAUGACAGAACUGUGACUACUUUAUAUGUAGGCAACUUAGGUGAUAAAGUUGGAGAAAAGGACUUACGGUGAGCUUUUCAAUGCUUAAUACAUUUAUCAUUUUUUAUUCCUAUGAAUGGUUUUUCUGUUAUUGAUUUUUUAUUUUCAAAGUCUUAAUGUUUAUAUGAUUUAUAUUUUUUUUUAAUGAAAAGGGAAUUUUAUCAGCAAAGAAGAAUGUAGACAAAAUUUAUGUAUUUUUUUGAAUGAUUUUCAGAGGUAUAGUCUAUGUAGUUAAUAAAAAUAUUACUAUUUUUAUAGAGACUAUUUUUAUCAGUUCGGAGAAAUUCGUUCUAUAAACUUGGCCAAACAGCAGUGCGCCUUCGUCCAGUUUACCACAAGAGCUGCUGCUGAGGCAGCAUCAGAAAAGGCUUUCAACAAGCUAAUCUUGAAUGGACGUCGGCUUAAUAUUAAGUGGGGUAGAUCACAGGGGCAGCAGGCUGUGCAAGGCAAGAAAGAAGAAACCUUGGCUUUGACUUCACUUGAGCCAGUUCCAGGGUUACCACAAGGUGAGGAUUUUAGAUUUUAAAAAAAUAAUUUUCAUUUUAAACAUACUAUCCAUCUAAUAAAUUUAAAAAUGCUUCAGAAAAACUUUUUUUUUUUGUUAACUACUGUUACUUUAAAUUUAGAGCUGGAGUCCGAGUUUAAAAUUAUUUUGUCCAUAUUUUCUUUCUUUAAAUGUAUAUUAAUCGUGAAAUGUACCAUGGAACUAUGCACUUUGCAUAAAGAUCCUAAUUUUCUGAGAGUUUUUUUUGUGCACUUACUUUUAAAAUAUUAUUUGUAGCCCUUCCUAUGCCACCUGAAGAACUUACCAAUAACUACUUCAACCUGGGUGGGCCUGGACCAGGUGGACUACCUCCAUUUGGUAUGCCGAGAGGUCCCCUGAGAGGUGGACCCAGAUUCCCACACAUGAUGAGAGGACCUCCGCCAAUGCCCUUUGGAGGAAUGCCCAGGGGCCCACCUCCUCCUGGUAUGUUGUCAUGAUUUUAUACAACUUUAAUUUAUCUAGAUCAGAGCUUUUUCUGCUUUGCAGAACUAAUUUCCAGUAUUUUCUGCUGUCCUUGCUGACAUAACUGACUCAUACUGUUUCCGAAAAUAUUCUGACACUUCACAACCCUUUACAUAUCUUUUUAUUUUAUAACUGUAUUGUAGCUUUGCAUUCUUCCAGAGUCUGACCACUAAAAUACUCAUGAAUUAUAACUUAUAAAUAAAUUCUUAGUGAUGCAUUUUAAUUAUCUAAAUUGUUGAAUUGAGGCUUUUGAAGAAAAAAAAAACUUUGUUGAUUUGGGGGAGAAAUAUCUUUUAUGAGACACUUUUAUGGCAUUUCCACAGAUAUUCUUUGACUUUUGUGGAAAGGAAAACUUAAUAAGGACAUUCACUAGGCUACAAACCAUUAUAUUGUUUUACAAAUUUAAUCUGUUUCAAGAUUUUAAUGAACAAUACGUAUUUAGGACCUGAAACCAAUAUACAAAUAAAAAUAACACGAACACAAUUAAAUUAUACAUUUAAGUUGAUAUAAAAAUACAAAAUGAAAUAUACAGAAAUAAAAACUAUAUAAACUUACAGCACAGCAAGUAAAACUAGUAAAAUACUAGAAAGGUACAGAAAUUAAUCCACACACACACAGUGAAAAAUCUAGUAAGUCUUGUAGUGCUCCUGUAAGUCUUUUAAAUGUCUGCCAGUCUUAGACAACCGUCAUAUUUAUAGUCAGGGAGCCAGAAAGUCUAGAAAUUCAAUUGCCAGAGAGUAUUUCUCCCUCUAUGUACAGUUGUAUAAUGUCAAAAACAAAAGGAGGUGGUAAAGUUGCCUGCCACAUCUUGUCAACUGGGUCAACACACAGGCUAUAAUAACUGGUUAGAAAAGUAUGCUACAUAGAUUUGACAAGGAUUUGUAAUGACUUUGUUUCAAGUCCCACUACAAGGAACUGAUCAGUUAAUCAUCCCAAUUUGAUAGAACAGUUAUUGUGUUUGUAUGGUUCUUAAGCAGUAGUCAGAAUUGAUUAAUUUGUAUUUUAAAUAUUCUGUUAAUGAGAAAAAGUAUUUACACUUCCAGGUGCCAGUCCUGCAAUUAAUUUUCAAUAAACUUUUCAGGAAUGCGUCUACCCCCACCACCUCCUGGCAUCCUACCAAUGAGGCCACCACCCGGCCUCGUUCCUAGUCAGCAGCAGCCACAGCAACAAGCACCACCACGGGGACCAGCUCCAGUUCACUACCCAUCUCAAGAUCCCACCAGAAUGGGGGCUGUCAAGGCACAAACAGCGACAAGUUGAAGCUAACUGACUUUAUUUAAAGGACAGGUUAUACAAUAAUAUACAAUAUUAUAGUUCCAACAGUAUGGUAGCUGAGGCCUCGCUGCUUUGAUCAAUUCAUGGGAGGAAUGCAGUGACAUGGGGAAGGAUGGUUAUAGUUGGUUUUUACUGUACAUAAAGUAACUGCUUCAUUCAGAAUGGUAAUGCAUCAAGUUUACAUUUGUAAAAUUCUAAAGUUACUUAUAAACUUGUUUACUUUUUUUAAGUUAAGACUAAAAUUAUAUGUUUACACCGUAACAAGGAACUGACUUAAUAUCAAUAUAUAAAUCUGUUGUUUUUUUUGAACAUAUUAUUUUAUGUCAACCUUUGCACAUUUUUAAUGCUGCCUUUCUGUGCAGACUGUUACAUGAAGUUUUAAAGUUUCAAUAAAAUAGUGCUAAAUAACAAGAACAGAGUGUUUUGUUUGCAAGUACUUCCUAGAAUUUAUUCAUAUCAAAUAAUGUUGGUUACAGCAGCUGGUGAUUUUUUAAAAUGUUUUUAGGAUAAUAAAUGGACUGCGUUCAAGUCUUGUGAAGGAAAUAGUAGAAUGAGGUAUGUGGAAACCUGGGACUGGGCAAAAGAUGAGAAAGUUUCGGCUAAGAGCCUUCCUCAUCAGACAGGAAAAAUGAAAAAACAAGAAAUAGGAACUAGUUCAAAAACUCAUGUUAUCCAAAGUCCGGCAAUAAUCGUUUUGUCCUGUCGUUUGAUUCAGGUUUCCACAUAUCUUGUUUUACUAUUUCCUUCAUGUUUUCAUAAAGUCAAACAAGUUUUUGUUAGCUUGAGGUUUGACAAUUAAGCAUUUUAUAUAGCGAUACUUAAUAUACACUCCUCAUUGUAUUGGAUGAUGCUUGUGUAAAAGAGGUGUUAAACACUUAUAUACUAUCUAAUAAAACUGUACUGGGUACCAUUUAAAUACAUUGUUGUAUACAGUAUAACUUUGUUUGUUGUAAGAAUAUAAGGACCUCUAAUGUUUCAUAUAAUCUAUGGAUCAAGCUUAUUCACUGGAAUGAUAUGAGAUUAGGAAAUGUUUUGGCAGAUAAACUCGUUUUGUGUCGCGCUGAUGGUUCUGUAGAGCAGUAAAGGAAGGGCUGUUCAUUAAAAUGGAAUUUGUUAUUAGAGUUCUUGUGAACAAUUCUGUGACGACUGUUGUUUUACAUCUUAAUAAGUAAGGCAAAUAAAUGUUCAGUUGGAGAUAAAUUAUUUUUCAGUUGUUAGAAUAAUUUUUUCUGUGCUAUUACUAUUAUAUAUUAAUACAUUUGUAUUAACGAUUGGCCUAGAGCAUUAAAAGUUAAAAGU